CAAUCCAUUCUAACGUCUCUCUCUCUCUCUCAAUCUCUCUGAUUCCUAUUUCCGACAUCUCUGUCCGGCCAAAAAUGGUGUCAAGAAUUGUGAAAAGAACGGCAACGAAGUCCAUCAAAGACUGCCGGCGAGGCGGCAGCCGCGUCCACCACCGGCUAUGGAAGUCCCCAAUCAAGGGCUGUGCCACCAACUCCACCACUGCCGCCGCCGCCUCCACCACGGUACUCGCCUCCAUCAACAGUACCUUUAGCUCCUGCCGGCGCCGCCUCAUCAGGAUCUUCUCGAAGCUCGCCCGGAUUACCACCCUGAAAAGCCGCCGCCGCCGCCGCAAGGGCUUCAAGGUCCUCCAGAAGAUCCCCUGCCAUAACGAGGAGGCAACCACCGGGGCAACUCCUCCUAGAAACCUCGCCUCUUCCUGCAAAACCCUCUCCUUCGAGGACGUUAACGCUAACGCCCUCCCGCCCUUAGCCUCCCCGACACGAAAGACCGUCUUUCUUGAUCUCGACGAGACAUUGGUCCACUCUAAGUCGGACCCACCUCCCGAGAAAUUCGACUACAUUGUACGGCCAGUGAUAAACGGGGAGAGAAUCAAUUUCUACGUCCUCAAGCGCCCUGGGGUGGACAGAUUCCUCCAGAUGAUCAGCGAGAAGUUUGAGGUCGUCAUAUUCACUGCCGGCCUAAAAGAGUACGCCUCGCUGGUUGUCGACCGGCUGGACCCCAAAGGAACAAUGAUAUCACACCGGCUUUACAGGGACUCCUGCAAGGAGAUGGACGGGAAGUUCGUGAAGGACUUGUCGGGGUUGGGCCGGGACCUUAAGCGGGUCGUGAUUGUGGAUGAUAACCCGAAUUGCUAUGGAUUGCAGCAAGAGAACGCAAUGCCGAUCAGCCCAUUUAUCGACAACACUGGGGACUCGGAGCUCGGGAAAUUGAUGAAGUUCUUUGAGGGGUGUGAAGGAUUUGAUGAUAUGAGGGAGGCUGUGAAGCUGUAUGUUCUUCUUGAGGGGGAAGAUCAUGGGAAGUCCGAGUUGGUAAUUUGAUCUCAAGCCUAUGAUUUUCUUGUCCAAAAAGGGGAGAAGAAUGUUCAUAAAACUGCAUUUUUUUUCCUUUUUCUUUUUAUAAAAAAAAUUCUCUUGAUCUUCACAAGUGAUUAUUUCUUGAACUGUCUGGUCUUUAAAUUUCAACAAAUGGGGUUGGGGUUCUUUUGUUUUUUGUUAGCCAAAUCUGAUGAAGUGGAUUGAACAGAAUGUUGUUCAAUUGCUAGUUGACAUUGGCUAAUUGUGUAAAAAAGAUCUUGCCUGUUCCAAUGUUGGAAUUCUUCUAAUUUCUUCCCGAGACUUUUUUAAAUAAAUUUGUUUGUACA